CGACCUCAAGUGUAUGGGAAACACCUACCGUUAUUCCAGAAUGAUGACACAUAUACAUGUACACUGUACAUGUACACGACUUUGCACGACUAAAGCCGAUUCAAAACCGAAACAUGGCAAAGGCCAAUGAGAUGACAUGAAACAGAGACCAUCCACAAAGGAAAACACCAGCAGAAAAGGCCACCAUACUGUCCCAAGUGCUGCGGGGAAGUUAGGCUUUGCACAAAGAACAUGUAUUUGAUUUCAGCAGCUCUCUUCCUGCUGUCAUUACUCGGUGAAUACUCACUGGCGCAUGAUGUCAGAAAUCAAGAGGGUAACAUCUUGCAAGUCUGCGAGAAGGCAGGUGCCUUGACGUUCGUCAAGUACGCCCGUGCCACACCGUGGGUGAAUAAGACCUUGGUGAGUGGCAUCGGGUACAUGGCCUUGGCUCCGACUGACCGUGCCUUCGGGGACCUACCGCUGGUGGUGAAGAUCGCCCUGAAAGACCCACAGACCUUGGAGUGGUACCUGCGAUAUCAUAUUGCCCUGUCGGUGGCUUACAAGCAGGAGAUCAACAACAACCUGAGGAUCCCUAGCGCCUUCAGACCCCCUGGGAAGACGGAGGACCUGCCGGAACCUGUUCUGCCGAUCCGGUUCAACGUUUACGACGUCUUGGCGGAUUACCUCUCCGAUGGCAGCUUUGGACAGGUGGUGACAGCUGGCGGAGCGCCAAUCGUCCAAGCUGACUUGCCGGCCAGCAAUGGCAUUGUUCACAUCAUCGACAAGGUGAUGUUUCCCCUGCCUACUGGAGCCGACAUGACGGAGUUUGUCAAUGACGAUGGGCGAUUCAGCAGUCUGUUCGGCUUCCUACAGACAGCCAAUCUCACCAAGGCCUUGGAGACGGACCCUUCCCGGCCGCUGACCCUUUUUGCCCCUAACAACCAGGCCUUCAAGAACCUCCCCAAGAGCGUUGUCCAGAAGUUGGCCAACGUCACCUUCCUCCAGCAGGUCCUCGAGUACCACGUGGUUCCAGGUGCCUACUACGCCGCGGGUCUGUGGGACAACCAAAUCUUGCACCCGCUCUACAACAAGCCCCUGCUGGUGGAGCGUGGACAAGGGGGAAUCUACUUGCAGAACAGUAAGGUCCUGCAGGCUGACAACACGGUGUCCAAUGGCGUGGUGCAUGAGAUAUCCGCCGUCCUAAUCCCCCCAAAGGUAUCAGUUCAUGUAAAGAUGCACACAAACGUGGAAAACCAUAAUACUUUCUUGAGUGUGUGGGAAGUUAGGUUUUGCACAAAGAACAUGUAUUCGAUUCCAGCGGCUCUCUUUUUGCUGUCAUUACUCGGUGAACACUCACUGGCAUUUCAUAGGUAUUUCGGGGGCAGCGUCGUGGAAGUCUGCGAGGACGCAGGUGUCAUGACAUUCGUCAAGUACAUCCGUGCCAUACCGUGGUUGAAUGAGACCUUGGAGAACCACCUCCUGUACAUGGUCUUGGCUCCGACUGACCGUGCUUUCGAGGACCUAGGCGUAAUAGCCCCGGAGGUGAAGACCGCCCUGAAGGACCCAGAGACCUUGGAGCGGUACAUAAGAUUUCAUAUCACCAUGUCUGAUGUAGUUUUCAUGGAGGAAAUCUACAACGAGAGGAUGCUCACUAGCCUCCCUGCACACCCUGAGAGAACGGAGGGCGUUGUGCAGCCCCUACUGCCCUUCCGGUUCAACGUUUACCACGUCCCGGCGUAUCGCCUCCGCAAGGGCGUCAUUGGACGGGUGGUGACAGUUAACGGAGCACCAAUCGUCCGAUCCGACUUACCGGCCUGGAAUGGCCUUGUUCACAUUCUUGACAAGGUCAUGCUUCUGCCAACUGGAGCCAACAUGACGAAGUUUGUCAAUGACGAUGGGCGAUUCAGCCGUCUGGUUGGCUUCCUACAGGCAGCCAAUCUCACCGAGGCCUUGGAGACGGAACCUUCACAGCCGCUGACCCUGUUUGCCCCUAACAACCGGGCCUUCGAGAACUUGCCCAACAACGUUGUCCAGAAGUUGGCCAAUGUCACCUUCCUAAAGCAAGUCCUUGAGUACCAUCUGGUCCGAGGCACCUACUAUGAGGCCGGUCUGUGGAUCAUCGAGACCUUGCAGCCAUUCUACAACAAAACACUGCCGGUGAGGCGAGGAACAUGGGGUACCCAUGUGCAGAACAGUCUGGUCCUGCAGGGUGACAACACGGUGUCCAAUGGCGUGGUGCAUGAGAUAUCCGCCGUCCUAAUCCCCCCGGAAUAGAGGGGUCGGUAUGCCAAGUUAGCACUGUGGUCUGGUAACUCCACAUGUACAUUGCACAUAUCAUUUCAAGCAUGUCUGGCAGGGCAGGCUAUUUCUAGUACUCAGAUUUAUGUGGAAUUUUCACCCUUUUCUGUUCAAACGAGUUUUCUUUAUGAAUUCUAGACUCAAAAACAGCAUUAACCCAGACUCCCAAUAUUCCCAAAGAUCCCUCACACUAUUCAUAAAACAGACUCAAGGCUUUCAUUCAAAUGUUCAGCUUUGAGUCGACCGUAACAUACAUCAGAACCCCUUGAAUUAACAGAUGUGAAAAACUCUCAGAAUACUUCCAAUUGCACAAUAUAACAAUCCAACAUCAUCUCAGAUGUUUAAUAGUUUGCCAGUAGACUUCCACAGUGCUUUUGUUGCAGUUUCUUUGUUAAGAAUUAAUAGAAAUUCCUAACCAUACCAAUGAGCUUACUUAAGUGAAAUAAAUACAGUAAUCUUCCAUGCACAAAAACUGCCCAUCCUUUCACACAAGAGCGUCUUUCUUCCACGGUGUUGUAUACCAGUAUUUACAGACACUAUGGCAAGACUUUUUACUCCAAAUUGCUUACAUCAGCCAUUUCAUAAUAUUUUGAGUAGAAUUUAUGGCCAGCACUAAACCUGAUAUAAAUAAAAAGACGUGCAUUUGCAGUUCAUUACCAAAAACAAAGAAGAGGAAAAAGCAAGCAAAUCGUUACUUUAAUUACAAACCGAAGAAAAAGGGAUUGAUGUUUAAAAUAUCAAAAAAGGAGACUGGCUUUUUAAGAACUCUUUUUCCCAAGCAGUACAAUUAAGCUGUUCACAGAAUU